UUGAAUACAGUUACCAGUGGCAAAGGUACCCUUGUUCCAUCUUCUGGUUGAAAAUUCACUGCACAAUCCGAGGCUUGUAAGUAGAACCUGCUGCACCUCACGUAAUCAGAGGGGGAGAGCUCAAGGGCCAGGCGAGUAAAAAAGAUGGACAGAUGGACCGUGGGAGGUUUUAUUGAUCAAGGUCGGUUGCUGCAAAAUCAAGCUCAGGAGAAAGUUGGAGCCAUCGAUGAACCAGUACUUGUUAUUCAACUGUUUGCUUUUUUGGGCAUCCAUGGCGUCAGCUACCACAGCAAUCCCCACCUUCCCUGCAACUUGGAAGAAGGCAAAGCCCAAGCUCCUCAGACCUUGCCGGCUGCUGAUCUCCGCACACAUCGGCACGGUCGACCGGCGCCGGAGGCAACUGUUUCCGGGCAUCGACACCAGGAUUCACUGGGAUAAUCCAGAGGAAGGAUGGAUAGGAGGGAAGAGGGAGGCAGAGGACGAGGGCGAGAAGGAAGACGUGAGGCAGAUGCUCAAUAAUCUGCUCAAGAACUCCCACUCUUAUUAUGACUGCUGUUGCAUGGGAGGCAGGCAAGCUGUUGGUGAUGGAAGAGGUGGAGGUUGCUUCGCCUCAGGCCAUGGAAGUCAGAGUGAAGAUGCUCUUGUUGGAGCAAACCAUGUAGCAGUGGAAGAUGCACGUUUGGAGGUUGCACAUCGUCUCCUUUCGUUAGGUGUUCCCCACAACCAAGUGCAGUAGUCACGAACGGGUACCUCUGUAAAUGAGAGAAACAGAACAAGUGCAAGAGAAGGAGGAAGAAGCAGAUAUUAGUUUUUGGGGUUUCCUUCCAAGGGGUUUCUCACGGCUGAUAUGUUCAAGAAAGCUUGCUAGGAAUAUGAAGUCCAGCCCCUUAGGUUUUCCCCAAACCCUAGUUGCGGUUCCUUGGGAGAUUUUUUAGGAACAGUUUUAAAAUAAAAUCUAAUAACUGCUUUGCAGUUACUAGAUAUCUGGAUAGGGCUCAAUGGCUACUAUCCAACAUCUCCUACU